AUGCUCUAUCAAGAGGUUUACCGUCUUUGGCAAAUCCAUCAGAAAACAAACCGAUCGAAUCGAAGUCUUGUCGCGCAAAGUUCCUACAAAAAUAAACCACAAUUACUGGCGUUAUUGUCGCGUGUUGUUCAACAUCGUUCAUUACUACAAACAAUUGUUGAUCGAUCUCAACUAUUAGAAAGAGAAACUUUCUUAGCUAAUGAUCUAGCUCUGAUUCUUAUCUAUGAUCAAGUCUUCGGUACACAUGUUCGAGGAAAAUUCAAGGGAAUGUUGAAACGUAAUCAAUCGUCGAUUGACAAAUGUGUGGAAACUCUUCUCAACGAACAUGGUGUCUCAUCUGUGUCUGAUCUACUUGAUGCAACAUCAUCAAAGUCAAUUGUGUCGAUCGAAAUUCCACGUUAUGUUCGAAUCAAUCUAUUAAAAACAAAAGCCAAACAACUUCGAUUAAAUCUCAAAGAACUAUCAUUCAAAAAGAUGAAAAAUGUGUGA